UUAGACGGCAUAAUUUAUUUUUGUGAUUUUUCCUAAGCUUAUUUCGGUGAUAGAAGUGGUCGCAAUAGGUCUUAUAAAGUCCAAUUAAAAUAUAACUCCGCGAAAGCCUGAAGAUUAUCAAAUUACUAUGUUCAUAACUAGACGUGUGAAGGCUGUGAAAACGACGUUUGAAGAUGUUGUUCUGGUAAUACGCAAAGGCAAGAAUGUGCUGCCGACGGUGGCGCGGCUGUGCCUCAUUUCAACCUUCCUGGAAGAUGGUCUCCGGAUGUGGUUCCAGUGGAACGAGCAGCGGGACUACAUGGACAUCUCGUGGGGCUGCGGCAAGUUCCUCGCUACCAUGUUUGUGAUAAUAAACUUAUUAGGUCAGCUGGGCGGCUGUGUGAUGGUGCUGGGCAGGCUGAAGGUGGAAAUCGCGUGCGGGAUGCUCUUCUUCAUCGUCGUCUUACAGACAUUCGCAUACAGCAUAUUAUGGGACGUCCAGUUCCUUCUCCGCAACCUGGCGCUCAUCGGAGCCCUAUUGCUCGUCCUGGCGGAGUCGCGGGCGGAGGGGCGGAGCCUCUUCGCGGGCGUGCCCUCCCUCGGCGAGAACAAACCGAAGUCCUACCUGCAGCUGGCGGGGCGUAUCCUAUUGGCGUUCAUGUUCAUCACGCUACUUAGGUUCGAGGUGUCUUUCUUACAGAUCGUCCAGGACCUGCUGGGCAGUGUCCUCAUGAUCCUGGUGACGGUGGGCUACCGCACCAAGCUGUCGGCGCUGAUGCUGGUCCUCGUAUUGAGCGUGCUCAACCUGUACCACAACGCGUGGUGGGCCGUGCCCUCGUACAAGCCACUCCGCGACUUCCUCAAAUACGAUUUCUUCCAGACAUUAUCAGUGAUCGGCGGUCUGCUGAUGAUCGUGUACCUGGGCCCCGGCGGCGUCAGUAUGGACGAACACAAGAAGAAGUGGUAGGAGUGACGGCGCGCGCGCAACCAUAUCGCGCAUAGACUCUUGAAAUUACUAUAAGUUGUUACAUGGUGCGAGAUCGUUCCCAUACAAGAAUACAUUCACCGGCGAUAUUUCAUAACCAAGCUCAUCACUGUUUUAACGCCCCAUCACACUCGCCUCAAAAAGAGCUCAAAAUGCGCCGUCCUAAUGAUGUUCGGUCACGAGCAUUAAUAUGUACACACUUUGGUACCAUGUCACAUUAACUUUUUUGACAAAUUGAACUGUAAGUCUCACUAAAUGUCAAAUAUGUUAGUGCGACAGAGUCCUAAAGUGGGUACAUUAUAUUGCUCAUGACUGUUCACUUGUCGUUUUAAAUAUGGAACACAAAGUGGUGGGGCGUUAAAAUAGUGACGUCAUUUACUAGUCGCCGACGGAAUGAGGAUAAAAACUAGAAGCUCAAAAGGGGGCAGCACUGUUGAGUGUUCCUAAAUUUUGACAGUUCUCCAUACUGUCCAGAUAAAAUGUGGAGCAACGUGGAGCGUAUUCCACCCAUAAUAAUAAUAAUAAAGAUCUUUUUAUUUGUUCUCUACAAUGUACAUAAAUGGGUUUCACAAAAUAAUGCACAAUUGAAGGGUAUGUACGAGUGGAAACUGGCGCCCGAGAUAAGCCAGAGCCUGUGUUUCGGGAUCACCAGUGCUCCAGAUGUACUUCCCGGAUGUCUUAACAUUAUAACCCAUCUUAGGGAUGAGUUAACGAAAAAAGAAAUUCGUCAGUUAGAAAAAGGCAGUUUUUUUUUAAUAAGUUUUUCGAAGUUUCCCUCUUCGAUCUUUAGGGAAUAAAUAUAACACUAUGAUUUUGCAGUCAAACGCUGCGCAGAGGGUUGUAGUGUAAAAAUGUAACCAAAACAAUAUGUUUGUUUACUCAAAUAGUAAGUAUGGGGAACUGUCAAAAUUUAUGGACACUCACCAGUAGCGACACCUCGGGGGUUAAAAAAGCAAUAUUGCUAUUUGACAUUUGUUUGCAUUGCGCACUUUUAUAUGCGCAAAUGUCAAAUUGCGAUAUUGCUUUUUUAGAUGAAUUGCUUCGAUGUGGCCUUUUUAACCCCCCUGGUGGGAGAAAUAGACAAUUUUUAUCCUCAUUACAAUCAUUGGAUGUUGUAAUGCACUUUAAUAUUCGGUCUGUUGUGUUUGGAGUGAGGACAAGAAUCGAGUGGUUUGGCGGACUAAAUCCACAGCCUUAUGCGAAACAUUAUUUUUUAGUUUUCACAGGCUGGAUUUAGAUCCUCGGGUUCAUAUUGAAGGGAUCAUGUUUUUAUUACAACUUUAUUAUUCUAUACCUAUACUUAUAUAAGUAAACCACAUGAGCCCUUAUUAUGAAUCCAAGAAAAUGAGGUUGAAAAUUUUAUCGACUAGCAUUUGUAAAGUGUAAAUUCGUGAGCUUUAGUGCUGUGAUUACGUACAACAUCGACGGAUGGUCGGAUUUGUUGAUGAGUAUUAGACGCACAGUUUUAAGUACGGUCACGAGUACUAAUAUGUAUACACUUUGAAACCAUGUCACAUUAAAUUUUUUGACAAAUUAAACCGUUAAAGUUUCAUUAAAUGUCAAAUAUGAUAGUGCGACAGGGUUCUAAAGUGGAUACAUGAUAUUGCUCAUGACUGUACAGUCAUAGAAUAAAGAAUAAUACUACGUAUAGAACGGUAACUCUUCGUCCCGCACCAAUUUGUUCCUCGCGCCGAGCUGGAUUUACCUCACCCCCUCUGGAUGUUACUAUAGUCUAAACAGGCUAGAUUCCAACUAGUCAAAUCAAUUACUUUUUACUAAACGUCAAAACACGAAAUUACUAUGGAAUUUGUAUGAAAAAGCGCACUGUGACGUCAUAGAAAAACGUGAUAAAAUGUCUGACUUAUUGUUACGUUUUUCUUGAUUGAAAUUCAUAAAGAAGUAAAAUAAAAAAAGAGAAUGAUUUUCGUUAGUUUUAAAUCUGUCUUUACUUAGUAAUCAGAAUUUUAUAAUUUAUCUUGAACUAAAUAAAUACACGACCCAAUUGGCCGUAAGUCGCUGAAGAGCAAGGGAACGCGUGAGGACUCUUAUCUCGCUUGUUGAGUAGACGAGUGCGUGUUGAUUAUUAAAUUAAACAAAGCUAAGUAAAUUAUAAAACUAUAUUUAAAAGUUACAGGGACUAUUAUUAAACGGAUAUAAUAGUAUGAUGAAUUAAUUGACAAGCGCGCGUGCGGCGGCGGCGAUGUCGAUCGAGAAGUGGGGUGGGGUCCGCUUCUGUCAUUCCUUUUUAUUGUAUCGCGCAUGCGCGCGCGUGCUGGUGUUGCCAACAUCGCUCGCACGUACAUAAGGCGGCAUAGGGUAAGAAUGCGAUUUUUGUAGUGUCCGGGGUGUUAGUUACAAUAUGUUGUUAGUUUUUUUCGGCGUGGUGAUCGCCGUUGAUGUUGUCGCCUUCACACAAACACUUAGGGCCUAGUUUCCUCCAGUCGCACAGAUGUUAUUCCUAGCUUAGCGGAAUGUUAUUUGCAUGUAAUGUAAGCGUAUGUUCUCGGACUGACCUGAGCCGAUUUCGUUUGUCUAGUGUGUUACAUCUUCAUUCCGAAUUUUUUCUACCUGUUGUGAUGUCAAUGUAAAUAUAUUAUAUCUAUUUUGUACUUAUUGACUGAUAACCGACUCUGUGGGAUCUUCAAAGAAGGUGUAAAUUUUAUGGCCGUGUGAGAAAUCUUUGUAUUAGAAAUAAAUAUUCCAAUAGCCAUAAGUUUAUAGGCUGAUAUUAAAAUAUUGUUUCCAA